AUGGCGCCCUCGCUGAGAGAUCAUCCAUCCUUCGUUCGUCCGUCGACCCGUGACCGACCCGUGACUAGAGAUCAGGUCGACAAUUCUCUCGUUAUUCCCAGUCGUACUUCGUCAUUACAUUCUCGCAUUACCCAACCUAUUCCAUCGACUUUAAACUUGAAACCCGCCCAACGAACACCAAAAACUCUGACCCAUGCCUACAUGGUAUGUGGUGUUGGCCGUGAACCUUCCCAAUGGGUCAAGGCACCGCCGCCGUCCCAGGGGAAAGUCCAGCAUAUGAAGGGUGCUGUAGGCCAGUUUUGGUUACCCGAAAUCCUCGGUAGCAGCCCUCGGCUGGAACAGGAUAAUGAGGUUGCCCGUUCUUUGCACGCUGCCAUGAGGGCAUGCUUUCCUCACGAUGUUGAAAUUUGUACAGGCAAAUCACAGCCUCACUGUGUCCACCAUUCAUUCGUUUUGCAGCAAGACUCAUCCCACACAUUAUACGGUAUCGCGCUGCGCGUUUGGUCUCGUGCUGACGAAAAGCGUGCUGAAACUAUUCGUGACCUACGCAAGAAGACCGAGGCAGAUUAUUACGACAACCCCGAUGAGACCUACUGGAUCCCUUACUGCUUAAGCUUUCUGUCUCGUUAUCCACUGUACGAUCUUCUAGGCGACUAUCUUCGCGGCAUGUGGAUUCAUUGGAACAAGGCCACCAACCUGUUCCAUGCCGAGGAAGUCUCUCGGAUUUUGAGUUUCCCAGCUCCUCGCCUCAAUGACCUGGUACGAAUCGACAUGAAAGACUAUGCACUGUGCUAUCAAUUCCCUUCCUCUCCGACCGGAUUUCAGAAUUUCUCCAUGUGGCCCCUAUUUAAUUGUCUCUCUAUCCCCAACAUCGUGGGUGUUGUCGAGGCUGCCGUUUCCCCGACUCGUCGGAUUAUAUUCGUCAGCCACUAUCCUGCUAUGCUUACCAUUGCUGCCGAAACAAUCCGUUUCUGUGUGCGUGUAUAUGAGUGGAGCGGCCUCUAUGUUCCAGUAGUCCACGCUCGCCAUGUUAAGGAACUCGUCGAGGAGCCGGGUCCUUAUAUUCUCGGUAUCUCUCCUGAGUGCCGUUCAUUGUUUACUGCCCCGUCAGAUGCUCUGGUCGUUGACCUUGACCGCAACUUCGUCCUCACUUCCAGCCCACCUAGUGUUUUAACUCCAGGUCAGCGUACCAAAUUCAUCAACCGCUUAACCCAAGCUUUGAAUGGUGAAGUAACCCCAUCCGGCGUACCUCAGCAUUUGCGUUCUGCCUAUGGUGGUGGCAAACUGGUCCCAGCCGGUCAGAUCAUUGUUAUGAAGGGAGAGGUAGAAAGCGUGCAGGACCCUACUUGGUGGAAUCAAGAUGCUGUUAUGAGUGUCACGGACCACGUCUGCGAGAAACUUGGACGCAACUCCGGUAUGAAAGCCAUUUUCGGAGGCUCCGUUAAGAAGCCUCUUAUGACCAAGGUCUCUAUGAGACAUCUCAACGAAAUCGUCCGCGAGCGUAACCAGUACUCUCGGGAUACCGUGGAAGCAUGGCAAGAUUUCAUCAAUCUCAAGGGCCGUAUGGACACCGAAUUAUCCAAAGUCACCAAGCGCAACAACUUCUUGGUCGAAGAACUGGAAACUUGGAAGCAGCAGUUCCUCAAAUUCCAAGCAUUUGCUGAGCAGCUCACCAAAGAGACCUCGGAGCUUAAGAUCAAAAUUGAGGGUCACAAACGGGAGAACCGCCGACUUUCCGGACUCAUCGAUCAACAAAAGGACGACAUUACACGCGUCACUCUUCGCCUCUCUGGCACCGAGAAGCAGCGAGAUGACGCCUUGGAAGCUUUGGUUCUUCAACAAGAAAUUGCCGAGGAGCUGGAGCGCGAACGCAAACGCAAUCAAAAGGAGCUUUCCUCCAUGGAGCACCGAACCGCAUCUCUUACCCGUCAGCGUGAUGAAGCACAGCGCAUUGUCGUGCAUCUGCGUAGUUUGAUUGAUGGCCAAACUCACCACAUGGAGCACAUCAUUCGCAACUUUGCCAACUCCACCGAUAUUGGCGAAUACAUUGACCAAGCCUUGGAGAACAGUGCACAGGAGUCUGCGUCUACACCACCUGCUCGAUCAUCAACUGAAAGUCCUAAGUCCAUGAAACGUCUAUCUCGGCCUGGUUCUCGUGUCCGCCUCUCCAGCGGAUUUACUAGCCGUUCGAGCAGCGCGGCGAGUGAAAUCACUCCUGAGAUGGAAAGCCACAUGCAUGCCAUGGACAAAGCUCAAAGGCGCCUUUCCCAGAUGAGCAUGCCCGAUGUAGCCGACCGCUACCUCAAGGACAAGACCGACGCUAUUGCUGCGAUAAUUCGAAACAUCAGUGAGCAGUGUGCUGCUGCUGUGGAGGGAUUACACCUCGCCCAAGACGCGGAAAGUGACGAGGCAACAACGAAGAACGAAACUCAUCAUCUCGUACCAUCGGGCCCCAAAGCCGACGAAGGCAGUGAGGCCGGUGAAAGUGAAAGUGGCUACCUGAGCGCUGACAACCGUGUCUCGAGCAUCCCACCAACACCCGAUCUGGUGCACAAUCGCUCCAGUACCUCCAUGUCGAUGGUCAGCACAUCCACCAUUGCAGAGAGAUCUAGCCAGCAAUACAACCCAGGCGAAAUCCCCACGAAAAUUGUGGAAGAUGAGGACGAACACCUCCACGAGACAGACGGCUUCGUUGACGCCAAUGAAGCCACUACAGUCUCUAAGAAACCUAGCCAAGACAUAGUUCCUCCCACCGCUGGAAGAGUUGUUUCAUAG